AUGGAAAUUACUAUGGCCUUGCCUGCAGCCGUUGGCGGCCAGCAUAUCGUUUGGGCGGCAGUCGCACCGGAUGGCACUGUGAAAAACGGCGACUACGCUUCGAUGUCAGAGGUUCGAGAAGUGUCGGAUUAUGCGUUAAGCAAAGAUGGGCUUGCGGUUGAAGCGCGUGUUUGGGACGAGCUACUGAAGAUAUUGGAGAAGGCGGAUAAUGCGGUUCCUGGGGUAGUGGAAUUGUGUCUGAAGUAA